CAUUACUCUUCUUCCUGCUGCUCCGCGAUGACAUAUCCAGUUCUCGGGUCGCCCAUUUCGAAAUGCAGUCCUCAUCCAGCAGUGACACUUCGGAUGAUCAGACGGUCAACAAUGGCGAUAUUGAGCGCAACACGCUCGCAGACAACUCAAAGCACAGCUACCUCGCUGUUUUUCGCAGAAUUCCAGUCCCUUUACACAGGGAACGCGUAGGAACUCAGGUGCUUCGAACAAUAGCUUUCCUUGCAAUUGUACUGUGCAUCUUCCAAUACUUCUGGAUACAGCACAUUAACAAUGGAUUGUCUCGUGUAUCCAAUGGUCCAUUUGACGUAGUGUUCUGGAAACUCAACCGCCAAAGCCCGGAGAUCUGGGACGAUGAGCGACAGGCCUUUAUUCAUGACGCGAUCCCAGUACCCGUUCACUCUCAUAACGACUAUUCGAGGGGUAUCCCUCUGUUUGAAGCGCUGGGCUCUGGCUGUAUCUCUGUUGAGGCCGACAUACACCUUCGUGGUUCAGAUCUGCUGGUUGGCCACACCUCAAAGGGCCUGAAAAGUGAUUCAAAUCUACGUUCAAUGUACCUCGCGCCCUUGCAACGCAUGAUCCAAUUGCGCAAUAAAGGAACUUAUGAAGAGGAAUGGAGAGGCAUAUUCAGAAGUUCACCGCAUCAAACGGUUGUGUUACUUGUUGAUGUCAAAACGAGUGGACCCGAAACCUUUGCGGAGCUUCAUGCACAGUUGCAGCCUUUGCGAGAUCUCGAUUUCCUAACUUACUGGAAUGGUACAGAGCGGAUAAUACGCCCUUUGACUGUUGUCGCAUCCGGGAACGCACCGUUCGAGUCAAUUCUAGCCCUUGAUUCGGCACACAGAGAUAUUUUCUGGGAUGCGAAGCUCGAGAAUCUCUUUACGCUAAACGACGAUCUCGACGUUGAUCCACCAAUCUAUGGAUUUAACCAAUCCAAUUCAUAUUUCGCAUCAACACGAUGGACAAACGCUCGAUUGUUCGUCCCGCCGCUCAACUACACUUACCCAGAGGGCACCAAAAUCAAUGCCUAUAUGAAAGAUAUGGCAUUACCGCACAUUGAGCAGGCAAAAGCUCGCGGCCUCAUCUCCAGAUUCUGGGAUACACCUGAAGGUCCUCCCAAUCUACGGGAAAUUGCCUGGCGAGUGUUGAUUAAAUUGAAGACUGGAAUUCUGAAUAUGGACGAUAUGGGUACUGUGAGGGCUCGGGCAAGCGGUUGGGGCUCGUUGUAGAUUCGUCAACCUGUAAGCUCUCUUCGAAGUCUCGUAUAAUUUCAAUUACCUGUUUAUUCGUAGGAAUCAGCACCAUUUGCAUCAUUACACAGUGAAUUUGAGCAAGCUUGAGAGGGGACACGGUUAAGAUAGUAACGAUGAUCUCGAACGCGCCGCCUUUGCAAGAUCUUCAACGAGAUGCACCAUGCAGAUAUCAGCGUUGGCUCUGUUGUCUCUUACGUGUGCUCCGACUUCACGGCGUAUGCCCAUCAAUAGACUAGGGACGAGGCUAGCAACUGAUGAUUAUGCGCUUGGUAUCAGGAAAUUAGAUUACGG